GGCGCGCUGGGGAGCCGCCUGUGGCACAGAGUAGCGGUGGAAACUAUGGCGACCGCGGCGUCCAACCACUACAGCAUCCUCACGUCCAGCUCGGAGCCCGGCAGCAUGCAGCAGACGCCGCCGCCGCAGGCCUACAGAGACGCGCACAGCCUUCUGCAGAGCGAGUACACCACCCUGCAGAGCAGCGGCAGCACGCUUGGCCAUGCGCACCAGUGGCUGACGGCGGCGCUGUCUCACGGGGGAGAGGGGUCGCCGUGGCCCGCCAGCCCGCUAGGCGAGCAGGACAUUAAGCCGGUGGAGGUGCUGCAGCAUUCGCCGCGGCAGGCGCAUCUGGUGCAGAGCCAGCAGCAUCACGAGGCAGGCGCUUGGCGCGCCACCACCAUGCCGAGCAUGAGCACCUCCAACGGGCAGAGCUUGAUCUACUCUCAGUCCGGGUACGGCGAGCCGGGGAUGCACCACGAGGACCACCACAGCCCGCAUCUGAGCGAGCACGACCACCCGCAGAGCCUACACUCGGACGAGGACGCGCCGACCUCGGACGACCUGGAGCAGUUCGCCAAGCAGUUCAAGCAGCGCCUUAUGAUUAAUAGUCUUUUUUAA